AUGGUAGAAGUAUUUAAGCUUUUACUACUGGCACUCAGUGUUGGAACGACUGGAGACACAGAGCAGAGACACGUCCAGAGCAUCAGUGCUGUGGAUGAACAACCGAAGCACACACCGUGCUGUACAAAAUAUAAGUGCUCAAAAGCAGAUGUUGUCCUUUUCCAUCUCUUAAGCGAUGAGGACGUUGUUGACAGUCUCAAGGAUCUGACCAAGUUUCUAGUUUUCAAUAGCAAAGCUCUUGCCAGUGUAGCGGCAGAUCUUUUCACUACGACGCCGUACGGAAGGCUUCUUAGCGACAUCGUUGGGGCCGAGGACAAUCCUGAGGUAGACAAUAUCCGAGAGAUGAUUCGAAGCUUCUUUGUAAAGUUUCACGAGUACUGCGACAGAGACGAGAUAGCCGGAGAAUUCAGGGCAAAACAUUCCCGUCUCCUCAGAGCUUCGUAUUCAUUUUUCCAGAAGCAUGCUUCGUUACUUGGUCCAAAACCCGACAGCGAUGGCCGCGACCAUGCAUGGCUGAUUAACGACUACUUCCUCUUCAAAUUCUACGAAGAUGGUGGGAUCUUCCUUCCGCUGAUCAACCCAGCCUUUGUGCCCACACCGGCUCUUCCAAACCCAGACAAGGUAAUGAACCUGUUCAUGAAGAAUCUACGGGUCAUCUAUUCGUCUGGCAUGGAGCAUGAGGCGGUCGUUGAUGCUGUGUUCGCCAAGAUCAAGCACCUGCGUGCAGGGCUCAAUGUUUUGGCCAGGAGGAUGUUUGCCUCUCCGCUGAGCGAAAGCAAGGACGAGUUUGAAGUGGUGUUUGAUGAGAUAAUCAAGAAGAUCAAACAAUCUUGUCUGCCUAGAGUCGAUGAUUAA